AUGAUGUUUCUGAAGUUAAUUGGAUUGUUAGUAAUUGCUACAAUAAUUAAGUCUGAAGCUUAUGAGGAAGGUGAACAAUAUGUGGAUUAUUAUUCUCAUCCAAAAUACACUUUUUCUUAUGGAGUUGAAGACUUUAAGACUGGAGAUUAUAAAAUGCAUAAAGAAGAGAGAAAUGGAGAUGUUGUGAAAGGAGAAUAUAGAGUGGCUGAUCCUAAUGGAUCAAUUCGCACUGUAACUUAUACAGCUGAUAAAGAACAUGGGUUUCAAGCUGUUGUUAAACAAUCUGAACCUAUUGAAGCUUCUCAUAUAUUGAAUGAAAAUCAAGAAGCUUUUGCUGAGCAUAAGCAGAAUGAAGAAUUCUCUGCAUCUUCUCACUAUAAUUAUUAUCAUGAUGGUUUAUCCAGACAAUCAAAACCAGAUGAUUCCAAGCAGCAAAUAUUAUCUAAAUACACUCCAUCUUUAAAUAGUGAUAAGUACUUGCAUAGAUUUGCUGAUGAUUCUGAUAAGAAGAAUAAAAUGCAAAAUCAAGACAUUAGUAUUUAUCCCAGCAACAAACGUACAUCUCAGAUUAAGUAUAAUCAACAAGACGACAAAAACCAUGAAAUUGAAACACCAAAAACACAUUAUUUUGCUACUGGAAUCGAUAAGACUAACGUAAAACAAAUUGAAGCAAUUGAAUAUCCAAAGAUUAAAGAAUCGGCUUUUCAAUUUGUUCCAAAAUUAAAUGCUGCAAAAUCAGAAGAUAAGAAAGUAAAAAAUGUUGCUCAGCAAUUUAACUUUGAAUAUCCAGCUUUGAAAAUGGAAUAUGAGAAUUAUAAUCCAACUGAACAAUUAUAUUAUGAAUCAAAACCAAAAACGCAGUCGUCUUAUUUUCCAGUAGACUUUCAAAAUAAUUAUGGAUACAAUUUGAAGCAGAAUGUUAUUAAAAAACCAUCAGGUUCCCAACAAAAUGCUGCUGAGUUAAAGCAAAGUGUACCUCAGUUAUACUAUCCUAACUAUGGUUAUAAUGAAGCUACUAAAGAUGAUUAUCUACAAUUGUUUCAACAGCCACAAAAUGGUAAGAUCAAAAAUCAAGACGUUUUCAAGAAAUUAGAAGAACAUAAACCAGAGUAUUCAUAUCAAAGUGUGGUUAAUGGUAAAAGUCAAGUAAAGUCCAAGGUAACUCAAGAUACCAAAACUGAAAAACAAAGCAAACCACAUUUAUAUUCUACUCAACAACAGCAACCUAAAAGUGUUUCCAAGAAGGAAGAACAGAAGCCUGCUAUCUCAUACCAAACAGUAAUUAAUGGACAGAAGUCUCGUUUAGGUAAUAAACAAGACAAUGCUAAAUACUAUCAAGUAAAUCAAGGACCCGCAUUUUCAUUCAGUCAAGAAGCAGAGAAGCAACAAGUUUAUACACCGCAUAUUUACAAUACUGACCAUCAAAAAUACGAAUUAACUUCUCCAUAUGAAAGUGUAGUAAAUAGAAAAUCUCAGGAAAAUUCCAAAUUACUUGGGUUGUUAAUAAUCGCUACAGUAAUUAAGUCUGAAUCUUAUGAAGAAGCUGAUAAACAUGUGGAUUAUUAUGCUCAUCCUAAAUACACUUUUUCUUAUGGAGUAGAAGACUUUAAGACUGGAGAUUAUAAAACGCACAAAGAAGAAAGAAAUGGAGAUGGUGUUAAGGGUGAAUACAGAGUGGCUGAUCCGAACGGCUCAAUUCGUACUGUAACUUAUACAGCUGAUAAGGAUCAUGGAUUUCAAGCUGUUGUCAAACAAUCUGAACCCAUUGAAGCUUCUCAUACAUUGAAAGAAAAUCAAGAAGCUGUUGCUGAGCAUAAGCAGAACGAAGAAUUAUCUGCAACUUCUCAGUACAAUUAUUAUCAUGAUGGAUCCACACAAUCAAAAGCAAAUGAUUCUAAGCAGAAGGCAUUAUUUAAAUACACUCCUUCUUUAAUUAUUGAUAAGUACUUGAAUAGAUUUACUGAAAAAUAUGAUAAGAAGGAUGAAAUGCAAAAGCAAGAAAUUAUGAAGAAUAUUUAUUCAUACAACAAACAUAUUCCACAGUUUCAGACAAAUCAACAAGAGGACAUCAAGAGUGCAAGUGAAACACUAAAAACAAAAUAUUUUACAACUGGAAAUACGAAAAAUGUAAAUAAUGAACAAACUGAAGUAUUUAAACAAUAUCCGCAAAUGGAAGAACCAAUUUUUCAAUUUGUUCAUAAAGAAUUUCCAAAAGUAAAUGCUGUAAAAUCUCAAGAUGGAAAAGUGAAAAAUGUUGCUCAACAAUUUAACUCUGAUUUCAAAUUGGUAAACCAAGAUUACAAUCCAAGUGUAACUGAAUAUUAUGCACCACAGCGUAUGGAAAAGCCAAAUACUCAAUCAACUUAUUUUCCUGUAGAUUUUCAGACUAAUUAUGAAUUCAACUUUAAGCAGAAUGCAGUUCAAAAACCUUCAGGUUUCUAUCAAAAUGCUGCUGAUUUAAAGCAAAAUGAACCUCAGUUGUUCAAUCCUAAAUAUGGUUAUGAUGAAACUACUAAACAAGAUAAUCUAAAAUUAUUUCAACAACCACAAGAGAUGAAAAAUCAAAAUAUUUCUAAGAAAGUAGAAGAACAGAAACCGGCCUAUUCGUACCAAAGUGUUUUAAAUGGGAAAUCUCAUCAACUUUCUAAGGUAACUCAGGAUACUGAACACAACCAUCAGUAUAAAUCUUUAAUUAAUAAGCAAGAGAAGCCUCAAUUAUAUUUUUCUCAGCAACAGCAGCUUAUAUUUAAAAAACCUGUUGUUACACAAGAAAAGGUUAAAUACAAUCAAGUAUCAGCACUAAAUCAAGGAGAUGAAUUUAAAGUUGUACAAGAAGUACAACCGUUUUAUUUACAAAAAAUCGACAAUAGUAAAAGUCAAGAAAAUGUACUGGCCUAUCCAUAUCAAAGUAAUGUAUACGGAAAAUCUCAGGAUAAACCAAAGACAGAUUAUGAUACUGAUCGUAAUCAAGAAUAUGAAACUUUAAAUAAGGAGUAUAAUUCUCAAAAACAACAACGGAAUGUAAAUUUAAUGGAAGAAGUGCAAAAACCUGCUAUUUCCUAUCAAACUAUUAUCAAUGGAUAUAAGUCUUUGGAAAAUACACAAGAGAAGGUUAAAUAUAAUCAAUUAUUGGUAUUGUUCAUUAUCACGACAGUAAUUAAGUCUGAAACUCAUAAGAAAGAUGACAAACUUGUUGAUUAUUUUGCACCUGCUAAAUACACUUUUUCUUAUGGAGUAGAAGACUUUAAGACUGGUGAUUAUAAAAUGCAUAAUGAAGAAAGAAAUGGAGAUAGUGUUAAAGGAGAAUAUUCAGUGGUUGAUCCAGAUGGAUCAAUUCGAACUGUGAGUUAUACAGUUGAUAAAGAACAUGGUUAUCAAGCUGUGGUUAAGCAAUCUGAACCAUUGAUAGUUUCUACUGAAUUAAAAGAAAGUCAACGAAUUAAUACCCAAAAUAAGCUAUCAACUAAAUCUUCUGAGUAUAAGCAUCAAUCUCAUGGAUCUUCAAGUGAAUCAUAUAAUCCUGAUUUUAAUGGUGAAGCCUUUUCUAAACAAACUCCAAUUAAUUUGGUUAAUUCCACUGAGAAUGCUCAUGAAUAA